AUGAAGGUCUUUGUACUUUUUGCGAUUCUCGUCGCAAUCGUUUACGCAUCUUGCGCAAGUGUUUCUGAAGUUGUUUACGAUGAAUCGAUUUACGAGUUGAGACAAAUUGAGGAAGAAAAUAUAGAACCAGAUACAGAAUUGAUAGAUUCCAACGAACCGCUACUACUACGACAUCGAAGGGUAACGUGCAACGUUUUAUCGUGGCAAUCAAAAUGGCUGAGCAUUAAUCAUUCAGCUUGCGCUAUCAGAUGUUUAGCUCAACGACGUAAAGGUGAUAGUUGCAGAAAUGGCGUGUGCAUCUAUCGAAAGUGA